ACUUUUGUUGACUAAUCUGCCAGCGUCCAUUAGGACUUCAUUUUGACAUUUAUUUUUGAUUUGACAUUUUGGUUUUGAGUUUGCGAUGUAAAGUAACGCCGCCAUGAAAUUGCUUGGCUACAAUUAAUUUUAUUCAAAGAAGUUUUAAUCUAAACUACAAUUUACUCCGUCUUGGGCACUUUUGCAGUAGCAAUAAAUAUUUACGAUCAACACUCUGCCAAGAGAAGUUACAUGGAAAUAUUGUAAUUGUUGUGAUGCAAUUAUUACAGCUCCAUGGAGAUCGAAGAGUACGACUGUUUGAGUUGGUUCAUCAAGAAACAAUUACUUACCCAUGCAUUUUGAUUUAAUAAAAAUGUUCUGUAGCAUAUUUAAGUUGCUACACUAGUUUUAAGGUAACGUGCCUGGACGCUAUAGGUGGAGUAAAUGGAAAAAUAUAUUUUGGACGAAUUACGCGUCAAUAAAUAAUCCGAUCCAUUUGAACUGAUCACCUUGUUUAUUUUCCAAUGUAGAAAGAACAAUAAAAUUAUGUUUGCAUCAAAAGAAAAAAAUGUUUGCAAGAAAACAUUCCAGAAACCUAAUAUUCUUAGGAGAAAGGGAAUGGUUACUGUUUCUAAAGCAAAUGUAGCCAGUACUCAUGAAUCCCCUGAAGCAUUCACUCUAGUCACCAGCACAACCAGGGGAAAACCUGCCUCGGAACAAUUAGACAAUAUUGUGAAUCAUGAAGAUGUCAAUGUAGCGACAUGGAAGUUAACGUUAAGGAAUGAUUGUGAGGACAAGCACAAUAAUAUACAAAUAUUGAAGGAGACUGAUAUACAUGCCAAUAUAAGCGACAAUACAUCUAUUAUGGAAAUUAAAAAUGAAAGUAAAAGCUUUGAGCAGAAUGCACUCAAUAUUGAAUCGUUUUUAAACAGUGCUGACAGCAUUGAAGAGGAUCUGAGUUUCUCCUACAACCCUACUGAAAUAACAGAAAUGAAGGCCUCUCAAAGUAAAAGCAUAUGGUGUUUCGACAUUACCAACAAUUCCAGAGACAUCAUUAUAAAUAACUACAAGGAGGAACCAUCAGAAGAACAGAGUGAUUCAACCGUAGUAGCAGCUUUGGAGUCCACUGAUGUACAACCAAAGGUAGUCCACGACCUAAUGCCGUUAACCAAGCCAACCCAAACCAUAGCAAUCGACUGCUACACUAAUAGAGCUGUUAAGUUUAAGUGUGACCAUCCUAAUUGCAAUAAAGGGUUUUGGAGUGAAGAGAAAUUGAGGAAGCACAAGAACUCUCAUAACAGGCCAGUAUAUAGGCCUCAGACACAGAUGAAAUAUGAGUGCCCUGUAAAGAAAGCUGAGGAUGGAACUGAAGAAAAGUGUCCUCGCACCUACAAUGUGAGGGGUGAUCUACUGAAACAUUUGGAGGAGGAUCAUACGACUGAUGAAGCUCAUCACAGGCUUAUUUUCCAAUGUAGCAAGAACAAUAAAAUUAUGUUUGCAUCAAAAGAAAAAAAUGUUUGCAAGAAAACAUUACCAAAACCUAAUAUUCUUAGGAGACAGCUGGUUACUGUUCCUGUAGUAAAUGUAGCCAGUACUCAUGAAUCUCCUGAAGCAUUCACUCUAGUCACCAGCACAACCAGGGGAAGACCUGCCUCGGAACAAUUAGACAAUAUUGUAAAACAUGAAGAUGAUAAUGUUGCAACAUUGAAAUUAACAUUAGACAAUGAGCAACCAUCGGAAGAACAACCUGAUUCAACCGUAGUAGCAGCUUUGGAGUCCGCUGACGUACAACCAAAGGUAGUCCACGACCUGAUGACAUUAGCCAAACCAACCCAAACUGUAGCAGUCGACUGCUACACUAAUAGAGCUGUUAAGUUUAAGUGUGACCAUCCUAAUUGCAAUAAAGGGUUUUGGAGUGAAGAGAAACUGAGGAAGCACAAGAACUCUCACAACAGGCCAGUAUAUAGGCCUCAGACACAGAUGAAAUAUGAGUGCCCUGUGAAGAAAGUAGCUGAGGAUGGAACUGAAGAGAAGUGUCCUCGCACCUACAAUGUGCGGAGUGACUUGCUGAAACAUUUGGAGGAGGAUCACACGAUUGAUGAAGCUCAGCACAGGUGCAUGGUGUGUGGGCGACGUUUCUUCUGGGCGCUGGGCCUGCGCGCGCACGGCGCGUCCGUGUGUGCGCGCGGGGGGCUGGCGUGCGCCUGGCCCGGCUGCGGCCGCGUGUUCCGCCUGCCCUGUCGGCUCAGGGAACAUGCACGGGCACACACUGGGGACCGACCCUAUCUGUGCCGGUACCCUGAGUGUGGCUGGGCGUUCCGCUCAGCCAGCAAGUUGGUCCGGCACGCGCGGCGCCACACGGACGAGCGGCGCCACGCGUGCGCCACGUGCGGCCGCGCCUUCCUGCGCCGCGAGCACCUCCGCGACCACUGCGCGCGGCACCACCAGCCGCACGCGCGCACGCCGCAUCUCUGCACGCAUCCCGGUUGUGAACAAUCUUUCACGAACAUGAGCACCCUGUACAUGCACAUGAAGAAAGUUCAUAGGAAGGUUGAGCAGGACGCCGUCGCGUCUAUCGUAGAGGAUCCCGCCCAGUACUCCACCGAGCCUGUCACUCUAAACGGGGAGAACGUGUAUUUGGUUCAUUUGCCUAGCGCGGAUACAGUGGGAGAAGACGAGUCUGUUAGAGAAGUAUCGUCCAUGAAUUGUGAGCUUGACGCGGACCAAUUAGCAGUAGAGGGUGUGGGCGGGGACUGUGGGGAGGACGAGGAGGAGGAAGAGGAGGUGGGUGUCGACGGGGAGGACGGGGCAGGGGAGGGAGAGGGGGGAGAGUGGCACGCUGCGCGCACGCACUGCACCUGGCCACUACCGCGUGCGCAAGCGCAUCUCGUACUUGAUGACGACGUUCAGGUGGAACGAAUAGAAGGUUCAGUUAACGACGUGUACACUGUCCGCAGCGAUCUCUUCCUUCAUGGCAACGUGCCUAUCGAUGAGGAUAGCCAGCAAAUCGUCAGCACGGCGUUAUCAAGCAGCGAGACAGGGACUCUAGACACAGAUCUCUACUUGAUCGACUCACAUCCUACCAUUGAUCUCAUGCAGGAGGAGCUGAUGUACGAAGACGCUAAUGACGAGUCCUCGUUCCGGGUGUUCCUAAUGAACGGCGAGGAGCUCACAUAACUGUAACCUUACGUAAGUUGACUUGUUGGGGCUGCAGGCGACGCGUUGUUAUAGAAGGGCGCUGUAUGGACAUGCCACGUACUGGGCGGGUAGUACUUGUUUAUGUAUUGUGUUUGUACUGUUGCGGCACAGACGGCAUAUUUUAAGGUACUGCGUUAGGAAAUAUGUUGUUGUGACUCACCAGUCUAUGUUCAAAAACACCUUGGUACCAUCGUUAAUGUAUAGAAACAAGGGUUAUCGCGUAAUUUUCUGCCUGGUUCUCCAGUAGAUUACUACUGUAGCUCAGCAUGUGGCAUCUUCAUAAAAUCGCCCGCGUAAGUUAUUUUUAUAUCACUGUGAGUGAUAAUGUUGUCAGGUACAUUUCAGUAAGUAUUUCAUCGGAGUUUAUACUGAAUCAGUACUUUGUUAUCAACAAAAAUUUACUACAAAACUGCAUAAAAGAUUACUUCAAAAUAUAAGACGUAAGUAUCUCUUUGAAAGUUGUGGUGCAAAGUCUGAAUAUAUGUAUUUGUCAACUAUUCGAUGAUCUCAAAAAUGUUAAAGUAUACCAGAAAAGUGUUGUUAUGGUGUAUUAUAUACGAAAGACAUGAUUUUUAGUCUUAAGGUGCAAUACUAUCUAUAUAAUACUUUGUCUUAAUACCAAUAUUUGUAGUGUGUAUUUGUUGAGUUCGGGCCACUAGGCUCUAUGUUCUUAACAUUCGAUUGGCUUCCGGACAAUUUACAAAUUAGUUAGUAAUUUGAGGAUCAAAUGUACAAUAUUAUUGUUCGUACGUAACGUGUUAGACGAUGUUUGCUAAAUAUGUGGCCUCGGACUAGCCAGCAAUAAUACCUAGUCCGUUGACCGAUCCACAUAUUUAGCGAUAAUACAUCACAAAAGUGUUAAUUAGUAAUAAAUUCUGUAGUUACUAUAUCUUUUCUUAAUUAUAUACUCCAUUAAUGUAUCUACUUAUAAGAAUGUGUUACGAUAUUACAAUUUUUAACUACUUAUUGGGUAAUUUUUGCUCACUCUUUUCGAUAGUAAGUUAUGAUCUCUGGAAAUGCCUUUUAGAUUUAAGAUUUGAGUAGGAUAUUAAUAUAACUGGAUGUUUGUAAUACCGUGUGUUUGUUUAUGUAAUAACAAUAAAUUACUGUGCAAAGGGACAGUUGGUUGGAAACAAUAGAUUCGCUUGGCGUUGGGUUAAGAACUCUGUGUUGUUGAUUGAAGCAUGUUACUUAGAAAGUAAGACUUGUUACCGUGGUGAUGUAGACGAGUAGUUGCUGGUGAUAAGAGAGUAGGUAGGAGUAGGGUAAUGCGAGCGACCGGCCCCCAGGGAACAGACCAGUGUCUUGUGGAGUGAUCAUAGCUCAUAUUUAGCGUAACAACGUACCUACUGAUUGUAUAUAAGAAGUUAUAUUUUUGGAUAUACAAGGUAAAUGUGAGAUUGCUUAUUUUUUGAGACUGUUGUCCAAAUUAUGAUCAUGAUAUCGUUUUGUUGAAAUUUGUAUACUUGGAUGUAGAUGUAUUCAAAAUUUAUUUUUAUAAACGAGUUUUUAUUUUGGUUGUUAAUAUUUGUUUUGUUUAAUUAAUUAAAUACGUCUGGAAUAAGUGUAAUAUUGCUAUCACAGUCUGCACAGUAUAGAUGUACUAAGUCAAAUUAAAUUAAUCACAUAUCAAUAUUAGUUUGUUAUAUUAAUCAUAGUUUUAAUUGGUUGCUUUGUGUUUAAUUGUAGAUUUUGCUAUAUAUUAGU